AUGCGCCGGCUCCCGUGCACGGCGGCGACCGACUCCGCCGAGGAGAACGAGCGGGGCGUUAGUAACCUCCUGCCCGGCAAGUGGACGCCAAUCCACCGCUCCAGCGCGCCCGCCGUCCGCCUCUCCGAGUGCACGCAUCCCAGCAUCGAGGAGGAGUGCACUGGCGUUUCGGGCGACGGUGAAGUUAACGCGCCGCGCGCGCCACAAAGCUCCUUGCCAACGACGAUCGCCCUCCCGCAAGGGGGUGGUGCGGGCGGGAGCGACGUUAGGGCUGGCAGCGCACACGUGACGCGGCCCGCCGGGCCCGCCACACCCGCGAAACGGGGAGAUGCCGUGCCCCCCAGUUGCCCCGCGCGGCGGAGCUCGGGCCGCACUGGCGUGGACUUCGCACCAGCAGUGCUGUCUGCGAAGGCGCUGCUCUCCCAGAACACGAGGGAAACGCUGCCAGGAAGUCCGCCGCUCGCAUCGAGGUGCCCUAGUCCUCUCCGACUGCCGUUGUGUAACUCCGUGCUGGAGGAGGCGCAGCAUGCAAGGGACCCGGCGCCAGCACAGCAGCCAGAGAAAGUGGAGAAGGGGUCGCAGGAGGAACACCUGCUCCCUGGCUCUUGCCGUCCCCAGCUGCGGCAGCAGCAGCAGCCAUCAUCAUCGCCGCUGUCUCCCAAUGCCGGAAAGGGUGUUGGGUUGGAGACCGAGGCACAUCAGCACCGCCUUUCCUAUCCGCCUCGUGGCGUGAGAAGGGGAGCUCUGAUGCGCCGACCAAGGAGGCACCCUGCGGCGACUGUGUUUUCCACCGUAGACACGGUGGCCACGAGCGACAGCACCCCCACAACAGUUUCACUUCCGGCGCUGCAAGCACCGCUCAGAGAAACGCCGCGACCGCCCAACGCUCCCUUUUCCCCUGAAAGAAAGAAGGAAAAAGGCUUCUUGUCGGCGGUGCCCGAGAGCAGGUCACCGCCGUCCGUGGCGUCUGCCGAGAAGGCAAGCAAGAGUGUGUCUGUUGCGUCCGGCGCUGGCGCUGCUAGUUUGGCUCGGCCGGCACAAUUCCCGGCUUUCGGUACUGCUCUUGAGGCAGGGUCCUCUGCGGUCAACGCUUCUUCAAUUCUCCCUGCAGGAGGCAACGCCGUAGGCGAGGAGAAGCGUCCCGCCCCCAAGACGAUGGGAAUGGCCGCGACCAGAAAAAGGGACUCUGGACCAUCACACAUGACCUUAGCUAGUGGGACUCACUCUCAUGCGGCUUCUUUAAGGCGUACCCCCUCCCGUGGUCGGCUGAGUCGGCUAGUGCAGCGUGUGUCGGACGCGGAGGUGCUGUAUCUCAUUCGCGAGCACGUUUAUCGAAGCUACAGUGGCCCGCGGUGCGACGCCUUGAUUGAACUCUGUGACACGCUUCUGAAGGAGCUUGAGGAGAGUCCAAGCGGGCGUGGUGUCGGCCGCGCGUCGGAGAGGGAUGGGGCUGCCGCAGAGGACGAUGACGGCGAGGGGGAUGGGAAGAGUUCACUGGGCGCGGCUGAGGAUUAUUCUUCCGACGAGGAUGAAUUUGACGACGGCAAGAUUAGAGAGACUGCGUACCCCACGAGCGACCCGCAUCGGAAGUACUCGUUUGCCAGUCCCGCUGUUCAAGGGGCAACCACGCGCGUUUUCAGCUCCGGCAUGUUGUACAAAAUCAGGACGGAAAGUGGGGAGAUCUUCUUUUUUAAUGACACGUUGCAGUACGUCAUGGUGGUGCGGGUGCGGUGCCAGCUCUGCGGCGACGAGACGAUCGAUGAGAAGGUGGUCCAGGCAGAAGUAGGCGGUGGCGAGACGGAGCUCACGCUGGCGGUCCCGCCAGAGGGAACCAGCCUUUUAAUGCAAACUAGCAGGACGCUUCCGCGAGUGCGGGUGAAAGGCGUCAGACCACCAAAAGACUUUGCUGCGCCCUCUGUGCGGUACAACGUGCAGGAGAUCAGUGCGGGGGUUGACAAGGUCCGGGAGAAACUGGGGCCCUGGGACCGCGCCGGGGACCAGAAAGCCUUUCUAAAGUGCUGCCUUAACAACGGACUCAAGUUCAUCGACCUCCAGUUUCGUCCAGCUGCCGCCUCCUUGUGCCGUCCAGGGGUAGACGCUGUGACGCUGACCCCGCUGACGUGGCGACGCCCCGCUGGCUACUUGAUGCUCACGGAGGUAAGUCAGGCACGCCUUUUUAGAAGAAAUAUCUCCUGCCAGCUGGUGCGCCAAGGCUCUCUGCAGGACCACACGGUGAUUGCGGGCAUUGCCGCCGUUGCCACGUUCCCCACGCACGUCCGCUGGAUGUUUCGCCACCCAGUGAGCUCCGCGAACGGAAAGCGCGAGCGUGCCGCUGGUGCCUACCGUGUCACCCUCUGCAUUGGCGGCUGGUGGACAACGCUGCUCCUGGACGACUACUUCCCGGCCUCGCUGAAGGCGCCCCUGUUUGCGAGGUGUGCUGUGGACCCGCGUCGCCUGUGGGUCUCCUUUUUGGAGAAGGCGUACGCCAAGGCGCUCGGGUCCUACGCGGCAUUGUGCUCCGCCGACGCCCUUGAGGUGUUGACCGACUUUACCGGCUUCCCCUGCCGCAACUUGGAUGAGUUGUGGUCGGAGGCGGCAAACAACCCUGAAGCCGCAAAGCUGCUCUAUAAAUAUAUUCAUACCUGCGCCAGACGAAACUUCCUCGUCAUGGUGUACACCGCCUCGCCCUUGACAAGCUCCUCUGCCUCUUCUCUUGAAAUCACACGCCGUUUGUCCAUGCGGUUUAUUGGCUCCGCCGACGCGCUACCGCUCUUUUUGCCCGGCCACGUCUACUUUAUCACCGAGGCGCUCUACUACGAGGACUUGGACCUCUGCAUGGUUCGGCUGAAGAACCCGUGGACCUGGUGCGCGGCUGGUCAGCCGCAGACGCGAACCAAGUGGAGGCGUUCCAAGUGGUUUGAGCAGCCAGAGAGCAGCCUGACAAUGGGCGCCGUCGGCGGAGCCACGCCGCAGGCAAAACGCGAGGAUGGCGGUGGAAGUAGUGAGACCGCGUUGAGGAAGAAGGAGUUGGGAACGAUGUGGCUGGAGUGGUCGGAGGCGCUCGCUUCUUUUGAGGGCGGCGGCGCCUGCUACACCCUCUGGAGCUGGCACGACUACCGCGUCCAAAGCCGCUUUCGUCAGCACGUUCCUGCCGUCGUUCUUGAGGUCCGAGUUGGCAGAAAAGUGGAGGUUGUCCUGACGCUGUCGCAGGAAAGCCGGCUGCGGCAUCUCGGCACCGCAACGACGCCCCCGUAUAAGGCAAUGCUUCUCUUGGCCUCGCGUCACGUGGCGGCGUCGAGGACGGAGGCCCUUGCGUACACGAGCUCCGGGGAUAUUGAGCGCCCGGGCGGCAAGAUGGUCUACUGCGCGGCACGCGACGUCUCCUUGAAGUGCAGCCUUGAGCCCAAGCACAGUCCGUACUACGUGAUCCCGCGGCUGCAGAGCCCCGACGGCCAGGAGGAAACACCGUUCGUUGUCUCCCUCCUCUGCGACGUGGUGGUCGGGGGUGAGGAGGCCCAAGUACACUUCCGCCGCCUGGAUCCAUCGUGCCAGGUCUUUCAGGAUCCGCGAUGCUUCACGGUGAGCGCGGAGCUGUGCACACCCGUCACUGCCACCUACCAGCACCGCACACCCGCGGGUGUAUCUACUUGCGUGGGGCAGUGCAUCAAGCAGUGA